AUGGUUCUUUCACGCACCACAACGCGAUAUCUCGCUCAAGCUCCUCGGCGAUUCUACUCCGGAGCUCCUACACCUUCAGCAAAGCUAAACUUGCCUAUUGAUUACAAGACCUCUCCCAUAUUAAAUCACACCGCGGCUUCAUUGAGCCAAACCUCACAGUACCCUGCAAAUGCCACGAGUAAACGACUGAACCUCUACCAAGCGAUCAACUCAGCACUGCGAACAGCAUUGUCUAAAUCGGAUCGAACCAUCGUGUUUGGUGAAGAUGUUGGGUUUGGAGGUGUCUUCCGAUGCACAAUGGAUCUUCAGUCUGAAUUUGGUGGGGACCGAGUCUUCAAUACACCCUUGACAGAGCAAGGCAUCGCUGGUUUCGCUAUCGGAGCGGCAGCGGAAGGAAUGAAGCCUAUCGCUGAAAUCCAGUUUGCCGACUACGUCUUCCCUGCGUUUGAUCAGAUCGUGAACGAAGCUGCCAAGUUCCGGUAUCGAGAGGGCGGGACAGGCAUCAAUGUUGGAGGCCUUGUUUUCCGGAUGCCGUGUGGUGCAGUUGGACACGGUGCACUGUAUCACUCCCAGUCACCCGAGUCACUUUUCGCGCACAUUCCCGGACUGCGGGUAGUUAUGCCACGAUCGCCUGCUCAGGCAAAGGGACUCCUGCUGUCGUCGAUCUUCGAACACAACGACCCAGUGAUCUUCAUGGAGCCCAAGAUCCUCUACCGCGCGGCCGUGGAAUAUGUUCCGAACGAAUACUACACAAUUCCACUCAGCAAGGCUGAAGUCCUCAAGCCCGGCAAGGACCUGACCAUCAUUUCUUACGGACAGCCUCUCUACAAUUGCUCCUCUGCAAUCUCCGCUAUUGAAAAGACCAUGCCCGGUGUCAGCGUGGAGUUGAUCGACUUACGGACGAUAUACCCCUGGGAUCGACAGACCGUUAUUGACAGUGUGAAGAAGACGGGGCGAGCAAUUGUCGUACAUGAGAGUAUGAUCAACUACGGCGUGGGUGCGGAAGUAGCAUCAACGAUACAAGAGAGUGCGUUCUUGCGGCUUGAAGCGCCUGUGAAGCGGGUUGCUGGGUGGAGUACGCAUACCGGACUGACCUAUGAGCAAUUCAUCCUGCCCGAUGUUGCAAGGAUCUACGAUGCCAUCAAACAGAGCCUUGAGUAUUGA